AUGGAUUGGAUUACAAGAUAUACGGUGUUACAGUAUCAAAACUUCGACCCUAACAGAAAGGAUAAUUAUGCUCCUCAUGAUAAAGAAGAUUGUGUGUUAUUAGAACCCUCCGGUUUUUGGGAUGAUUCUAUCUGUACCGAGGACGAUUCCAUUGCAGUAGCUCAUGGAGGCCAUCAGUUACCAUAUAGACAUUCAUAUAUAUGUCAAUACCCAACAACGGGUUCCCAAACAACAACAACAACAACAACAACAACAACAAAAACACCUUUACCAUCCACAAUAGCCCCGAUGCUAUCAAAUAUGACCGGAAAUGUACAGCUUUGUCCUAGGAUUGUAAGGGAUACCACAGAUGAUGGCUACAUAAGACAGUACAAACAAUACUGUUACGAGCUUGUCUCCAAGUAUGGUGAUUGGUAUGAUGCAAAUCAGUACUGUCGUGAUCGGGAAACUGGUUUAAAUGGUCUGUUGAUUGAGAUAUAUACGGCGGAUAUACAGGCAUUCAUUGCAAAAAUCUUGGCUGACGAAGGUUAUACUCAUCCUGUAUGGAUUGGCCUUCAAGAUGUCGAUAAAGAGGAAAGUUUUGACCAUUGGGAAUCUGAUACACCAUUAUCAUACGCAAACUUUGAUCCUAAUAGAAAAGAUAAUUAUGCGAACCAUGCCCAGGAGAAUUGUGUGCUACUUGAACCAUCUGGAUACUGGGAUGAUUCAGUUUGUGAUGAAAGAGAAGCUAAUCAAGCAAAGCAAGAUGGGCAUCCAGGUCUGAUAUACAACCAUCACUGGAUUUGUCAAUAUCCUAUACACUAUCAAAAUAUUAUUGGAUAGAUCAAGACAAAUUUCAAACUUAAAUAAACAACAAACAUGUGUACGUUUUUGUUAUUACUGUAUGUCUGGUAACCUUACCGUAUACAAUGAUAAUGCAGUAUU